UCCCUCGUCCCCACGUGUUCAGCCGCUCCGAGCAGAGACAUGGUGGAGAAGAUGUCGGUGGAGAUGGAGGAGAUGGACGAGGAGAUGGAGAUGGAGGUCCCCGCCAAGAAAGCGCAGCCGCCUCGGCCCUUCGGGUUCCUGCAGCAGAACCGGGUCUUCCUCGACUUCUUCUGGGACUUGGCCAAACCGGAGCAGGAGGUUCGACUGGCGGCGGUGAAGAACCUGAUCCAGUACCUGCAGCAGGACAGCAAGGUGGAUGAGUUGGACUACGCCUUUAAGAGGCUGGUGGAUGGACUGGGACACACGCGAGAGGCGGCCAGACCUGCGUUCAGCCUGGCUCUGGGGCAGGUGUUGAGCGCCUUUCAGGACGUCUCCCUCCAGAGUAUACUCGACAAAAUCAGAGAAAAGCACAGCUUUCAUGGAGGAAAGAAGAAACUGUUCAGAAAUGCAUUGUUUGGGAACCUGUUUGGCGUCUUGGCUCUCCAUCAGUCUGGCCGCCUCACUAAGGAGCCGCAUGUGGUGCUGGGAUGUGUGCAGGUCCUGCAGAGUCUCAGCCAGCACAAACAACACCUGAAGGACCUUCCCACCAAGACCAUGAUGGACAUCCUCAAUGAGAUCCCAGAGGAGGUGUUUGAGCAGCUCCUGCUGGGCGCCCUGCAGGCCGACCUGGCCUCGGCCUUCAGGACCCCGGAGCAGCUGCAGCUGCUGCUGGUGGCGCUGCAGCGCUUCCCGCACACGCUCAGACCCAAGAAACUCAAGAAGCUGCUGGGCUCCUCCACCAUCAUCAACGACGACAACAUCCCCAAGUUGACUCAGGUGUUGAAGAUUGCAGCGCAGUCGGGGAAGAAGGAGCUGGUUCUCCCAGUGGUGGCCUUGGACCUCCUGAAGCUGUCUCUGAAAGAGGACAGCUUCCAGCUCUUCUGGAACAAGGCCAUUAUCGGCGGGAUGCUGAAGGAGCCACCGGGGCCCGCUCAUUACCUGAGCUUCCGUCUGCUGGGCAGCGCGCUGCCUCUACUGUCCUUGCCCCAGCUGAAGGAGGUUUUGUCCGGAGAGGUGAUGAUGCAGUACGGGGAACACGUGGUCGCUGCUCAGAAACCAGAUCGCUUCAAAAUGGCCCCGGAGAUGGACAAGUUGGUGUCGGACUUCCUGCAGGGCUGCGAGGACUCUGAGAAACAACUGGCAGUGAUGGUGUGCUUCUCGUCGCUGACGAACCACGGCUACCCGGUGGUGCCGUCGGUGUGGAGGGUGGUGCAGCACCUUCAGCCCGCAGCGCUGCAGGAAUACGUGGCCUGGCUGAAGAGCAUGUUCCUGCAGCCUCAGAUCGACACGCUGCUGGACUUCAGCACCCGCAAGCAGAAAGACAAGCAGUGGGAAAAAGAGAAGAGGGAGAGCCCGGUGUCCCGGCUGAGGAAGUGGAUCGCUGCUCGCCUCGCUUCAAUCAUCGACAACCAUCAAGUGAGGAGGCAGGAGGAUCUCUGCAUGGACGUGGCCAGGUUUGUUUUUUUCCACGCUUUCUUCAGUACCAAGAAGGUUUCGCCCGACGUCGCAGAGUCGAAAGGGAAGCUUUCUGUUCCGCUGGAUGAGAAUACCAGAGGAGUGCUGGCCAACUCCUUCUUUGGAUGCCUCACGUCCCUGCACCGAAUGUUGCUCGUUGACGAUGACGCCGUGGCCACCGGUCAGAAGCGGGUGCAAGGUGUAACAGCCGACGGCACUUUGUGGAUCUACCACCUGGUCCAGUACGCACAGCUCCUGCUCAGCCAGUCCAAGCACGUCCAGACCAGCCGUCCCUUCAGCCCCGAACAGACUCUGGCCUGGGACAGUAUGCUGGAGUCGGUGGCAAACCUGAAGAAGAAGGCAAAAAAAGGUCCGACAGAUGAGAACAAUGCCUUCCUGCAGCUCUUCCUGCUGCUUGGCAUCCAGCUCUUCAAGGACCCUGAAGAGCUGCUGGACAUCAUGAAAGACCUGCAGAGCUGUGUGAACAAAGCUCAAGAAAAGAAGACCAAGAAGAAAAAACAUGCCGCAGAGCAGGAGCCUGAGUGGGUGGAGGUGAUGGUGGACAUUCUCUUGUCCAUGCUCUCCCAGCGGAGCAGACACAUCAGACAAGUCUGCAAAACAGUCUUUUCCUCCAUCUGCCCCCACGUCAAUGCAGCAGCCCUCACCGCCAUCCUGGACGUCUUGGACCCUGAUCAGGAUGACGAAGAGGACGGUGCUGUGGUCGUCACCGACGACGGUGUCAAAACAAAAAAGAAACUGAAGGAGGAGGAGGAGGAUGAUGAGGACAUGGAGGAUGAAGAUGAAGAUGAAGAUGAUGGUGAUGAUGAUGAGGAAGAUGAUGAAGGAUUGGAGGAGGAAGAGGACGGCAUGGAAACAGUGGACCAGAACUUCCGCUUGAAGAUGAUGAAAGUCCUCCAGCAGCAGGCUCUGGCCACCGAGCAAGACGCCAGCAGCGAUGAAGAUCUGGACGACGACGCUAUGAUGAAACUGGAUAAGGGCCUCGCAGCGCUGUUCGCAGAACAGAAGAAAAAGGUCCAAGCCAAGAAGGAUGAAAAGCUGAAACUAAAGAAAGAGAAGGCGCUGGUCCGGGAGUUCAAGAUCAAGGUGUUGGACCUGGUUGAAGUGUUCGUGGCCCGGCAGGCCGGCAGCCCACUCGUGCUGGGUUUAGUGGAGCCUCUGCUCAACAUCAUCAACAGAGGAAUGAGCUCCGGCAGCGACCAGCAGGAGCAGGAAUUCCUCCGCCGAGCCGCAGAUAUCUUCAGGAACCAGUUGUGUAGGUCCAAGGUUUACUGCAGGACUGCUGGCGACAGACAGGGGGAGCUGCAUGACCUGCUGGAGAAACUAGUAACCAAAACCCAGAAGCUGCCCGACUCCUCCGUGGGCCUCUACUACUUCAGUGCGUCUUUGUACGUGGUGAAAGUGCUGCGAGGAGCGCUUCCCGCCGAGACCAAAGAGACGCAGACGGCUCACGGAGCCGCAACAAGCCACCUGAAGUUCAUGGGGAGUGUGGAUGUGGAUCGGGUCUCCAGCGUCUUCAGAGAGGCUCUGAACUCCUUCAUGGCCAAGAGGAAAAGCCCUCUGACCACUAAGAUGUUCUCCGACUUGUUCGACAGAUUUCCUGUUUUAUGUGUGAACCUGAUGGAUGCAGCCGUGCAGCACAUGAUAUCCGGGGUCCGAGAGCAUCAACGGGGUCAAGCGUGUGUGCUGGUGCUGAAGGGGCUGCAGAGCAGGGAGGUCCAGCAGCUCAUGGCCGGCGCUCCAUGGACGGAGCUCUGCGAGAAGGUCACGGAGCAGCUGGCGGCGGUUUUCGGGCAGGUCGAUGAAAGCGAGAGCAAAAUGGCCAAAGAGAAGUUGGUGAAAGCCCUGCAGCUUUGCCAGUUCUUGGUCAAACACAUUCGCUACCAGAAACUGUCUGUGGACCUGGAGCCUCUCCAGGCCGCCCUGCAGUCCAUGCCCAGCGUUGUCACUUUCAAGAAGAUUGGCCAGCUAGAAGACACCUACUGGGCUGUGGUGAAACACUUUGGAGUGACGAAGCCCAAAGUUGAUAAGAAAAAGCCUAAGGAGGCGGCCGAGCCGGCACCGGCCCUCAAGAAGAAGAAAGGUUUCCUGCCAGAAACCAAAAAACGUAAAAAGCGCAACAAACCCGUCCUGGAGCCGGCCUCGGCCGAGAAGCCCUGGUUAGCGAGCAAACCAGGGGCGGAGAAAGGACAAACCAAAAAGAAACAGGACAAGAAGACUAAACAGAAACGACCCGCCGAUGCCGCACCGGCUUCACAGCCCAACCCUGCCAAGAAGAGCAAAACACAGUCUGACAGCAAAGCAGCAAAGAAGAAGAAGAAGAAGCUCAAGCUGAAAGAGGGAGGAGGGCAAAUGUAAAGAGGACUCUCUUUAAAUGGACACAAAGAAAGUUCUUUUUAAAGAUGGUGUUUUUUUUCAGAUGUUUUUUUUUACUUUGUUUGGUUUUGACAUAGAUUCUCCCUCAGCAUGAUGGCAGCGUUCAUAUUGAAGACUUUUCUUGCAUAAGGAAGGAACAGAGAUUAUUUUUCUAAUAUGUGACCAGUGUUGAUUAGAAAAAUGUCUACAACAAUAAAUGUAUUUCUCUGCCUGAACAUC